ACUUACUCAUCAUAUAAACCCAAAGUGCAGUCACAGACCCAAGCAUAGAAGACACUAGAGAGUCCACAGAGACACAGCACAAGAUAGCACCAUGCCAAACUACAAACUCACUUAUUUUAAUAUGAGGGGGAGGGCAGAAAUUAUUCGUUACAUAUUUGCUUAUUUGGAUAUAAAGUAUGAAGACCACAGAAUAGAACAAGCUGACUGGCCUGCAAUCAAAUCAACUCUUCCAUUUGGCAAAAUUCCCAUUUUGGAAGUCGAUGGACAUAUCCUUCACCAGAGCCUAUCGAUAGCAAGAUAUUUGACCAAAAAUACAGAUUUGGCUGGAAAAACAGAAAUGGAACAAUGUCAAGUUGAUGCUAUUGUGGACACACUGGACGAUUUCAUGUCACGUUUUCCUUGGGCAGAGAAAAAACAGGAUGCAAAAGAUCAGAUGUUUAAGGAGCUGCUCACAUAUGAUGCGCCUCACCUUCUGCAAGAUUUGGACACAUAUUUAGGGGAAAAAGAGUGGUUUAUUGGUAACUCUGUAACUUGGGCAGAUUUCUACUGGGAUAUUUGCAGUACCACACUUUUGGUCUUUAAACCGGACUUACUGGACAUCCAUCCCAGGCUGGUGACUUUACAGAAGAAAGUCCAAACCAUUCCUGCCAUUGCUGACUGGAUACAACGGAGGCCCCAAACCAAACUCUAGCUGCUACAUGGUGCCUUCAAGCUUUGUUAUUCUUCCCAGCAUCUCUCCCAUCAGACAAGACAGCUAUAUCAGCCUGCCAGAUAAUUCACACACUCCCCUCCCCAGCUUCACUGAGACUUUCACUUUUGCCACAUUCUGCUUAAAAACAGAAGAAAAAAAAAAAAGCAUU